AUGUGGCUCGCGCGCGUAAUUGCGUUAACCGCGUGUUUUAUCACCGCGAGGUGCAUCACUCCCACGGACGAGAAUUACGCACAUACGAUCGAUUACCUGCAGAAAUACGGAUAUCUGACCGAAGAUGUGGACGCGUUUCCAGCUCAGAGACGAAACGACGUUCUUCGCAACGCCAUCGAUGAAUUUCAACAAUACUACGGUCUGCCCGGCGAUGGAACGCUCGACAACCAAACGCUGCAAUUGAUGCUAAACCGCGAUGUGCAUUCGGCAUUGACGUUCGAACGCUCCGAAACGAAUCCCGACAUUAUAAUAUCUUUUCGAACUUUACGUCACGGUAACACAAAUGUCGACGUAAACGGCCCAAAUUGCUCGGCCAAAUUCGACAGUCCCGGUAACGUGCUCGCCCACGCGCAUUUCCUGACGGACGUAGCGGGGUUCGUCUCUGAGAUACACGUCGACGGGGACAAGCCGUGGCAUAUUCACGUCGGUAAACAUCCCGCGGAUAAGUUCUCCCUGCAUUACACGCUGACCCAUGAGAUCGGCCACUCUCUCGGAUUGGCGCACAAUAAGCGCAGAACAUCGGUGAUGUUUGCGUUCACGCCCGACAAGCAGUAUCCGGUUAAGCUCGACAAAUCCGACAUUCUCGACGUUCAACGUUUGUACGGUGAAAAAGUUAUAAACGAGCCCCCGCGGACGCCGGCGCUGCCGCCACCGCUACCGCCGCCAAUGCUGGACCUGUGCACCAUUGAUCGCGUGAACGGGAUAUUAAUUUUGGAAAAUCGUAUGUACAUCUCGUACAGGCGUUACGUUUGGUCGAUCGAUCUCGACGGUAGGACGUACAAUGGACCUCUAGCCCUUUCGAAUCACAUGUGCUUUCUUCACGACAAUUACACGCGCGUGACCGCCGCCUAUCAAUCCCUGUCCGGUGAUCUCAUGGUAGGACGUUCCUUCGUGGUGUUCAACGGUAAUUCGGUGGGCGAGAUAAACGAAUGCAACAAGAGAGUUGGCAUAUUUACGGCUUUCGAGGCGACGUUUCCCAGAAUACCGACCGGCGUAACGUUGAUCUUCCGAUACGUCGACGACAAUCUGUACUUCACCACUCGGACGCAGUUCUACAGAUUCAACGAAUUUACGAAAACCGUCACUGCUGCCGGUAAAUUCGAUCUAUGGCUGUUGAAUAUCGUUUGUCCUAAGACCGAACUGUUGCAACAGUUGCGCGAUCUUCUCGAUCAAAUUGUACGCGUCGGCGAUUUAACGUCACUGGCGAGCUAUUCGGACGAUGACGACGAUUCGGGCGUUCAGCUUUCCGAUCGCCGUACCAACCGAAGGAUCUAG